AUGGCUCCUGCUCGCAUUGAACCCGACACUGAGUUCGCGUCGGAGGUUGGUGUUCCUGAUUUUGGAGCACUUCCCCAAAGAUACGGUUGGCCAACCGAAGACGAACAAGGCUACAAGAUCAAAGAGCAACUCUGCGGAACGGAGCGUCCUAUCCGCAUCCUGUCUCUGGGAGCGGGCGUUUCAGGCAUCAACCUCGCGUAUCAUGUUUCACGAAGCCUGAAGAACGUAAGACUUACCAUCUACGAAAAAGACGACGAGAUUGGUGGUACCUGGUACGAGAACAAAUAUCCUGGCGUUGCGUGUGAUAUUCCUUCGAAUAACUAUCAGUUCACUUGGGCGAAAAACCCGGAGUGGUCUCAUUUCUAUUCCUCUGGAGAGGAGAUCCUUAAAUAUUUCCGCAGCGUUGUAGACAAGUUUAACUUGAGGAAGUACAUACGGCUUAACCACGAAGUCAUCAAAGCUGAAUGGGACGAAACUCGGGGCGUCUGGGAUGUCACCGUCAAGGAAAUAUUUACUGGAAACACGUUUAUUGAUUCUGCAGAGAUUUUUAUCAAUAACGGAGGACUUCUGAACAACUGGAGAUGGCCACAGAUUGAAGGAUUACACGAAUUUAAGGGCCAACUUACUCAUACAGCGCAUUACAACACUGAGAUUGUCUUGGAAAAUAAGCGGGUAGCCGUGAUCGGCAUCGGCAGCAGUGGAGUUCAAGUCAUUCCUCACAUUGCUCCCAAGGUGGCCAAGUUGUACACUUGGAUCAGGUCUCCGACUUGGAUUACAGCGGGGUUCGCACAGAAAUACGCGGGUCCUGGCGGCGUCAACAUAGCCUAUAGCGAGGAGCAGAAGAAGCGAUGGAGGGAGAACCCUCUUGAAUAUCAGGCAUAUUGUAAAGAAAUCGAGAACGAACUCAACCAGCGGUUUAAAUUCAUCCUGAAUGGUACUCCGGAAGCAAUAGAGGCGAAGAAAUUUUCUAUUCAACAAAUGAAAGAAAGGCUUAGAGGACGAACAGACAUUGAACAGAAGCUGAUUCCUUCAAACUUCGGUGUUGGAUGCCGGCGCCCAACACCCGGGAAUGGCUUCCUCGAGUCUCUGACCCUUCCCAACGUCAAUGUCUUCACGCAGGAGACCAAGAAAAUCACCGAAAAGGGAUUCUUGGAUGAAGAAGGCAACGAGCAUGAAGUGGAUGUUAUCAUCUGUGCAACUGGAUUCGACACUUCAUGGAUUCCUCGCUUCCCGAUCAUCGCCCACGGCAAGAACGUGCAAGACAUGCACAAAGAGAAGCUUAUCUCUUAUAUAUCUUUGGCCGUCCCCGAUAUCCCUAACUAUUUCACCAUAUGCGGACCCUAUGGCCCGUUCGGUCAUGGGUCAUACAUCGCCAUGAGUGAGCUUCUAGUCAAGAAUAUUGUUGAGGUGGUAAAGAAGAUGCAAGUCGAGGACAUCAAAUCAUUAACGCCAAAGCGAGAGGUUGCUGAAUCUUUCGCUGCGCACUCGGAUCUUUAUGUCAAGAGAACAGCUUGGUCCGGCCCGUGUCCCAGCUGGUUUAAGAACGGGCAGAAAGACGGUCGCUUGACGAUGUUUCCCGGCUCACGUCUCGUCUAUUUCAAACUCCUGUCGAAACCGAGGUUUGAGGAUUACAACUUGCAGUAUUGGAGUGGAAACCCAUUCCAAUUCUUGGGCAACGGCUUUGAUGUGAUCGAAUUCAACGGCGGGGAUCUAUCGCAUUAUUUGGGAUCUUCAGAAGGACCAGUCCAGCUCCUACCAGAAGGGCCAAACGCCACCACGUCAAUGGAGGUGACGUUGGCUGCUAUUUAG